AGCAGCUGGGCAGUGGUAGUUGGCGAGGUGGGUCCUUCCUAGGGCUGGGCGGGGAGACAGAUGGGUAGGCUAUUGGAGGACAGGCACAAGUGCUACUGAAAUGCAAAUCCCUGAAGAUCUGAAAAAGGUCUGGCCCUGGGCUUGAUGCUUGGGUCUGGAACUGUGAAUCCUCACUGUACCUUCAGCUCACUCUAACCCUUAAGGAAGUGCUCAAGUCACUCAAGACGACUGGCCAAUCAGAGUCUUAACUGGACCUGCCAGUCAUAAGAGAAGGCGGGCUUUUCCGGGUGCCGUGGUGUAGUAUUCGCGUAGUAGCUAAGCCUUCUUAAAUGGUCCUGGCUGCUGUGUUCUGUGUCCUGUGUUUGGAUUCUGUGAGGCAUGUUCAGGCAAGCUCCGAAGUUGCGACAUGGAUGCAUUGACCUAUGAUGAUGUACAUGUGAACUUCACUCGAGAAGAAUGGGCUUUGCUGGAUCCUUCACAGAAGAGUCUCUACAAAGAUGUGAUGCAGGAGACCUACAGGAACCUCACUGCUAUAGGUUACAAUUGUGAAGACCAUAGUAUUGAAGAACAUUGUCAAAGUUUCAGAAGACAUGGAAGGCAUGAAAGAUGUCAUACUGGAGAGAAACCCUCUGAAAAUACUCAGUGUGGUAAAGCCUUUGCACAACAUAGUCAUCUCCAAAGACAUAAAAGCACACAUACUGGAGAGAAACUCUAUGAAUGUAAGCCACGUGAUAAAGCCUUUACAUACGAUUCUCAGCUUCAAACUCUUGAAAGAAUUCAUACUGGAGAAAAAACCUACAAAUGUAAUCAAUGUGGUAAAGCCUUUGAACGUCGUUGUAAUUUUAGAAGGCAUAAACUAAUACAUACUGGAAGAAAAUCCUACAAAUACAAUCAGUGUGGUAAAGCCUUUGCACGACUCAGUCAUCUGAAAGCGCAUGGAAUAACACAUACUGGAGAGAAACCUUACAAAUGUGAUCAAUGUGGUAAAGCCUUUGCACAUCAUAGUUAUCUCCAAGUACAUAAAAGAGAACAUACUGGAGAGAAGCCCUAUGAAUGUAAUCAAUGUGGAAAAGCCUUUGUACUUCACAGUGCUCUUAAAACACAUGAAAGAAUUCAUACUGGAGAGAAACCCUACAAAUGCAAUCAAUGUGGUAAAGCCUUUGCAAGACCCAGUCAUCUCAAAAGGCAUGGAAUAACACAUACUGGAGAGAAACCUUAUGAAUGUGAACAAUGUGGCAAAGCCUUCAUAAGUUGUAGUUAUCUCCAAGUACAUAAAAGAAUACAUACUGGAGAGAAGCCCUAUGAAUGUGAUCAAUGUGGUAAAGCCUUUAUACGUUGUAGUCAUCUCCAAGUACAUAAAAGAGAACAUACUGGAGAGAAGCCCUAUGAAUGUAAUCAAUGUGGUAAAGCCUUUGUACUUCACAGUGCUCUUAAGAGACAUAAAAGAAUUCAUACUGGAGAGAAACCCUACAAAUGCAAUCAAUGUGGUAAAGCCUUUGCACGACCCAGUCAUCUCAAAAGGCAUGGAAUAACACAUACUGGAGAGAAACCUUAUGAAUGUGAACAAUGUGGUAAAGCCUUUACAUCUCAUAGUUAUCUCCAAGUACAUCAAAGAAUACAUACUGGAGAGAAGCCCUAUGUAUGUGAUCGGUGUGGUAAAGCCUUUGCAUAUCAUGGUUAUCUCCAAGUACAUAAAAGAAUACAUAGUGGAGAGAAGCCCUAUGUAUGUGAUCGGUGUGAUAAAGCCUUUGCAUAUCAUAGUUAUCUCCAAGUACAUAAAAGAAUACAUACUGGAGAGAAUCUCUAUGAAUGUGAUCAAUGUGGUAAAGCCUUUGCAUCUCAUAGUUCUCUCCAAGUACAUAAAAGAAUACAUACUGGAGAGAAGCCCUAUGAAUGUAAUCAAUGUGGUAAAGCCUUUGUAGGUCAGAAUAAACUUAAAAGGCAUGAAAGAAUUCAUACUGGAGAGAAACCUUACAAAUGUAAUGAAUGUGGUAAAGCCUUUGUAUGUAACGCUUAUCUCCGAAAACAUAAAGCAACACAUACUACAGUGAAACCUUAUGAAUGUAAGUAAUUUAGUAAAUUCUUUGCCUCUCAUGAUCAACUUUGACAACAUGAAAGAAUUCAUACUGGAAAGAAACCUUAUGAAUGUAGUCAAUAUGGUAAAGCAUUUUCACAAUCAAGCCACCUCCAACUACAUAAAAGAAAACAUACAUACUAAAGAGUAACCCUAUGAAUGUAACCAGUGUAGUAAAGCCUUUACUGUGAUCUUCAAGGGUAUGGUGGUUUAAAUAUACUUGGCCCAUGGCAAGUGUCAGUGUUAGGAGGUAUGGCCGUUUUGGAGUAGAUGUGGCCUUUGAGGAAGUAUGUCACUGUGGAGAGGGGAUGGGCUUUCAGACCCCAUGCUUAAACUCUGCCCAGGGCAGAAGAGUCUUCUGGCUGCCUUCUGAUCAAGAUGUAGAACUCUCUCCUCCAGCACCAUGUCUGCUCGGACACUGACAUUUCUUCCACCUUGAUAAUAGACUGAACCUCUGAAUCUGUAUACCUCCCCUCCCCCCAAUUAAAUGUCCUUUCUAAGA